AGUUGUAACCCCACUGUACAAACUCCGCUGCGACCGCCUCGAUCGUGGCUGACAAACCACCGUGAUGACCAUAGGCGCGUGCGCAUCUAGAAAUUUCCCAGACAGAAACUAUACACAUAAUUUUGCAACUUCUCCAACUGUCUAGUAAUAUGCCAACUACCAAGGAUUCCCGGCCAAACCGACGCUGGCGCGCUUACAAACCUGCCGUUACAAAUUCACCAAACCCCGCCGCUGAUGCCGCAACAUCCACAGACACCGGAAGAACAAAUCGACAAAUAGAGGUGGAAUUCGUCAACGUAUCUAACCUGCGCGAGACGACAUCACCAACAUCUUUAUCCAUAGUUCGAAGACACGUGGCCAAUCAUGCUCACGCCUCGCGAGGUAGCAGCCUUGCUUUGCGACGGCAUGCAGACCCCGAGGACAGACGCCAUGUUCUGCUCACUUCACUUUCAACACAUACUUUUCAAAUCUGCGUGAGACCCUUGGUCCCGUUGGAGCAGCAGCUGCUGAGUUACUAUGCGACCUCUGUAAUUCCAGAAAUGCCAGCAUGGUGCAACCACAGCGGUGAAGAAGACUUAUUCCUGGAGCUAGUAAAUUCCUUUUGGCUCCCAUUUAUCAUUACAGACCCUGGACUGCUGGCAGCCGUUUUAUUAGCAUCGUGCCGAAACAUGCUGCUGCAUAAUCGACGAGCAGAUGCCCUUGGAGAGGGUCAAGCCAACUGGUCGGAACUUGCCCUCAAGUAUAAGAUUGAAUGCAUUUCGUCCGUUAAUACGGCCAUUGUGACGGAGCUACCAUAUAUCAGUGACGCAACCAUUGCCAAAACAAUGGUCAUGGCUACUGAUGAGGCGAGUGUUGCCGCCAACCAGCAUGUAUGGGAUCUUGUUUUCUAACUAUUGAGGCUUGCAGUUUCUCUGUAAUAGCUAUGAUACGUCGAUAAUGCACUUUGAUGGCAUCACGAGAAUGGUUGACCUAAAGGGUGGUCUGUCGCCCAGCGGCAUCGGCCGUUUCUUGACAAAGGCGAUAGCAUGGUGCCAGUGGUCAAGAGAAUGAGCAGGCGAGGAUCAUAUAUGAGGCUAAUGGCACGCCUAUCAUAGUAUAAGACUGGAUCCUGGAGACUCAGGACUUAUGCUCAAAUUUAGGGCGGCAAAAUUUGAUCCAAAUUAUACCAGUACACGUGGUAUUGAGAGCUGUCUGCGGGCAGCCAGCGUGUAACAUUAUUAUUAUUUUUCAUUUUACCUCGAGACGAAGCAAUUGUCAUUUCUAUUUUGGUUAUCGGUGUACAUUUAUUCGCGAAUUAUUUUAUUCAAUUUUAUUUUCUUAGCUUGACGGAAUACAGUCCGAUGCAAGUUAAAACUUUGGGUUUCAUUGUCUCAAAAGAUGUCACCG